AUGACGCCUCAAAACGACGUCAGCAAGACUUCGCCUGACAACCCAGGUUCAACAAGUUCUUCCCAGCCAGGCAUUGCGAAGCCAUCAAUCACCAAGAAAUUCGGCAGGAGGGCAAGUGUUCAAAAUAGCAAGGAACUUGUCAAGGAAGAUCAAGAUGGUAAGCUGAUCAUUCAAAGUAUCUCACAGUGCCCACUCCAACAGAGAUCAUUCCGAAGAAUUGAUGCUGACAAAGAUAUAGCCAGGAUUUCAGACUUGGAGAGACGCGUCUCGCAGAUGGAGAAAGUGAACAGAGCUCAGGCGAUGUUGUUGGAAGCCGCGGCAAAAUCGAUGAAACUUGCGGGACGAUUUGGGACGGAAGCUUUCAGUGUCGAUGACGAUGAUACAGAGCAACGAAGCUUCUCAGGUCGUGACAGUUCCAAGGACCAAGCGCACAACGAGUAG